AUGCACUCUCCCAAGAAAAUAAAAAAAAAAAUCUCUCUAGCAAUACACACCAAAUUGAGCACAUGCAAGUGCCUAUGGUUCAGUCUGUCUUAUCAGGAAAUAAGAGGUGGUCACUUGAAAAAGGGGAGGAACAGAGAAGAAAGGAUCAAACUGCCUUUUUACACAAUGCAGAGGAUUAACCCCUUAGGUUCCACAGUGAGUAUAACAAGCAUGCUUUACUGCCAGGGGCGGACUGACCAUUUGGAAACUCGGGCACUGCUCGAGGGCCCGGGGUCAGUAGGGGGCCCC